UAACCUAUCUGCUCUAAAACUAGGGUUUUGCUCUCCCUCCCUCUCUUUCUCCUCACUCUUUCCCCUUUCUCUCUCUCCUCAAAACCUCCGAGCUUCGACAACUAUGGCGGACGAAGCUCAAUACGAAUCUCACAAACGAAAGUACGAAGAAGACACUUCUCCACCUCGCGUGCGUCGCCCUACUGGAUUCUCCGAUGGUCCUUCUCCCGCUCCGGCGCCUUACGGCAACGUUCCUCCACCAUUGGAAGAUUUUCAGCUCGCUAAACAGAAGAUUCAAGAACUUGCUUCUCUAGCUUUCAACGCUGAAGCUAAGCGUUCCAAGUUCGAUAAUGGCGGUUAUUCUUCCAACGUUAACGUAUUACCAGAUCAAAAGCCUCCAGCAUCAAACAUUCAGGUUGGAAGCACAGGGCAUAGCUACUCUGGUAGCAAAAAGAUUGACAUACCCAAUGGGCGUGUUGGUGUUAUAAUUGGAAAAGCUGGGGAUACCAUCAAAAACCUUCAAAUUCAAUCUGGAGCAAGAAUCCAGGUUACUAGAGAUGCAGAUCACGAUCCAAAUUUUCCAACUAGGGCUGUUGAGCUAAUGGGAAACCAAGAUCAAAUUGCAAAGGCUGAACAGCUCAUUAAUGAGGUUCUUGCUGAGGCUGAAGCUGGAGGUCCUGGGAGUGUUUCAAGGAGAAUGCCAGGGGCCAGUGGUGAAUCAAUUUCUUUGAAGGUCCCAAGCAACAAGGUUGGGUUGGUCAUUGGUAAAGGAGGUGAGACCAUUAAAAACAUUCAAUCUACAUCAGGAGCAAGAGUCCAGGUUAUACCGCUGCAUCUUCCUCCUGGUGAUGCAACUAUGGAAAGAACAGUGCAGAUUGAUGGUACGACUGAGCAAAUUGAGAUUGCAAAACAAAUGGUCAAUGAGGUUAUCGAGAAUCGUGUCAGAAAUCAAGCAAUGACUGGAGCAUAUCCUCAGCAAAACUACCAAGCACGGCCUCCAACGAGUUGGGCCCCUCAACCCCCACAGAUGCAGCAACCUGGUGGUUAUGGCUACAUGCAGCAGCAGCCAGGAACAUAUCCUGGUGCACAAUCUCAGUAUAAUGUACAAACUUACCCUGGCUAUCCUCCUCAAAACUGGGACCAGUCAAGUGCUCCACAGAACCAGCAACCUCCUCAAGGAACUGGAUAUGAUUAUUAUGGGCAGCAGCAGCCGCCUACUCAACAGCAGCAGCAGCAGCAGCAGCAGCCGCCUAAUGCACCCCAAAGUGGUAACACUGGUUACAACUACAAUCAGCCACCAUCAACCGGUGGAUAUAACCAACAAGGAUAUUCCCAGGAGGGUUAUGGAGCUGGAUACCAUGGUUAUGGCCAGCAGCCUGCAAAUCCUCAAUCUGGGUAUGAUCAACGCCAGGGUUAUAGCUCUACGCCAAGCUACGGCAAUGCGACAACCACUCCAACCCAAGAUGGCCACCCUCCUGCCUAUGGCACCCAAGGUGAGACUGGUCAAGCACCAUCAUCUGGGCAACCUCAACAGGGAUACAUGGGGGGACAGCCUAGCCCUAACCCUGCAUACCCAACUCACGGUACUACUCAACCUGGUUAUGGAGUGCCUCCAACCUCACAAUCCAGUUAUGGGACUCCAUCUGUAGCUCAGGGGUAUGGUCCACCGCAGGGCCAAAAAACACCACCAAAUCCAUCAGCAUAUGGUCAGCCUCAGCAAUCACCAUCUCAAGCAGGUGCAUAUGCUCAACAUGCUCCUGGUCAGCCAGGAUACCCGCCCUCACAACCAACUUCCCAAGUAGGUGUUGCUGCGACUUAUGGAGGGGGAACAGCUCAGCCAGGUGCUUAUCCUCCGGCCUAUGGUGCACCACCUGCCACCACACCGGCUUAUGGACAGCAGCCAUACUAUGGCGGUGCUUAUUCCCAGCCUGCUGGAUAUUCAGCUGAUGAUAAUGGGGUGGCUACUGCUCCUGCGCCUGCUUAUCAACCUGCUGCUCAGCCAAAUGUAACUGCCAAAGCAUCACCUCAGAGCUAGUCAUUUGUGUGAGAGAGUCGUUGCUAAGGAGUUAAACAGUCUUUUCUUGUAUUAGGUUCAAGGUAGGAUUUAAAUAUAUUUGGUGCUUUGUAAAAUUUUGGAUGGUUAUGUUAGUUUAUUCUGUAUGAUAAUGAUCGACUUAUCUGGGGUUUGCUUUGCUCUUCGUUGGAUGGACUUUUCCUAUGGAAAUUGGUCUGUCUAGGGGAAAAGUGAUGCUUUAAUUUGCAUUCUUAGUUUUGGUUUGAACUGGAGAGAUUGCUGUGUUAGGAAAAUGUGUUACAAAGUGCCACUCUGAACUCCAGUUAGCCUGUUGAGGGGAAUUGUUAAUUUGACCGACUUGUUUUGAAA